AUGAGUGCAAACAGCACAGCAUCCUGCACUCUCACCAACACUCCACUUGUUGGCCAUGCUGACAUGUUCACUGUCAGCAACUCAAGUGGCAUGGAGGCAUAUCUUCAAAAACUUGCUCAUUUGGAUGAAGGACUUUACAAUGACUUCUGUAAACUUUGGAUUACGCUCAUGGUCAUAAACUCCCUCAUUUUCCUGGUGGGCAUGGUGCUCAACACGUUGGCUCUUUAUGUCUUCUGCUUACGCACCAAGCAGAAGAGCUCCUCAGUGAUUUACACCAUCAAUCUAGCUGUGACUGACCUGUUGGUCAAUCUCUCUCUGCCAACACGCAUCCUGCUCUACUACAGUGGAGGAGCUUGCCUCAUCUGCUCCUACUUGCAUAUCUUCAGCUACUUUGUCAACAUGUACUGCAGCAUCCUCUUCCUCACGUGUAUAUGUGUGGACCGAUACCUCGCGAUUGUGCAGGUUGGAGCAUCGCGUCGGUGGCGUAACUCCAGUGUGGCCAAAUGUGUGUGUAUCUCAGUGUGGCUGUUUGCCAUUGUGGUCACCUACUCCUUCCUAUCCACCGCAUUCCAACGUACAGGUUGCUGCCUCUCAAAGCUUCUCUUCCUAACUCUGACUGAGUUCUUUCUACCCCUCGUCAUCAUUGUGGCCUUCACCUUGCGGAUCGUGUGGGCGCUUGCCGAUCACAGCCAGAUGCAACAGAGCAGGAAAAGACGGAGAAGGGCUGUCCAGCUGCUGACCACAGUUCUGAUUAUCUUCACUGUUUGCUUUACACCAUUCCACAUACGGCAGGUGGUGGUUUAUUUCUAUCCCGAUAUGCCUCACCACGCGAUCAUCUACCAUUUGACUGUCACGCUCAGUAGUCUGAAUAGCUGCAUGGAUCCGGUGGUCUACUGCUUUGUGACUAACAACUUCCGGGCGACUAUGAGGAAUAUUUUCCAGCGGAAAGAGGCAGAGCAAAGCAGCGGCGACAUCAUCAGCAUGCAGCACAGUUCUAAGGAGGUCGCCAACGCUGUCCCUAAUAUUGUGAUUAUGAUGCAAACCAUUCCCCCCUCAUCAGAGAAAGACGCUCAGGGAAUUCACACAUUGUAA